UUCCACCCAAGGCAACUGGGUUUUCCCUUUUCUCUUUUUAAUUUAUUUUUAUUUUUUUGAGAGAGUUUCACGCUGUUGCCGUGGACAGAGUGCUAUGGUGUCAUAGCUCAUUAGCAACCUCAAUCUCUUGGGGUCAAGUAAUCUUCCUUCAGCUUCCCAAGUAGCUGAGACUAUAGGCUCCCACCACAAUACCUGGCUAGUUUUUCUAUUUUUUUUUUUUUUUUUUGCAGUUUUUGGUCAGGGCUGGGUUUGAACCCCCCACCUUUGGCAUAUGGGGCCAGCGCCCUACUCCUUUGAGCCACAGGCGCCGCCUCCAGUUUUUCUAUUUUUAGUAGAGACAGGGUUUCAUUCUUGCUCAGCCUGGUCUCAAACUCCUGAGCUCAAACAAUCUGCCUAUCUAGGCCUCCCAGAGUGCUGGGAUCACUGGUGUGAGCCACUGCACCUGGCCUAGUUUUUCCUUUUUUAGAUGACAAGGAACUGGAUGCUACAGGCCCCUCUCACAGUUUGGGUCCAGAGCCAUCACUGCCCCUGGGGGCCUGGGAGAGCAGGGACCCUGCAAUCAUUCCAGGGAGUCUAUGGCAAAGAGACUGACACUGAAAGCUGGUCCCCAGGACCCGGCCAGCUGGACACUCAAGCAACACUGGCAGCCUUCCACCCAGCCUUCUCCCAGAAAACCAAUCCUCUCCAUUUUCCUCUUCCUGCAUGUCAGAGAAACUCCAGAGUGCCCUUGACGUCUCACUUUUCCUUAGCCUUUCAGCACAUUCUGCCCUUCAACAUCCAGAAACAUUUCCCAAAUCUAACUGUGCCACCACCACUACCUGACCCUCUUUUACCAUGUGCGGCUCAUGGAAGAGUGGCUACAGCCCUGCCAACAGCUUUCCCUAGCACUCUACGCACAUUGUAGGGCAGGCCAUGGUGUCUCUGUCCUUUACCCUCCUGACACUGCCAAGUUGGCCUUUCUGCAUUUUUUUCUCCACUCCCAUUACCCACACAACCUUCCCACCUCUCAAACACACCAGCUGAAUCCCUGCCGAGGGCCAGUGCCUGGCCGGUCACUGCUGGGAGCCUGCUUCCCCUGAGAGCAUACAACUACUAAGCAGCUAACUUCUGUCCCUCUGUUAUCCACGAAGUCCUUCAGUCGUCUUAAUGCCAUUUGAGUGAGAAACGUGUACUCUCCCAGUUUACACGCAGGAAGGUGGAGUUGAGCAAUGAUCCUGGCUCCAUGGAGGUAUUGGGGGCCGGCACUCUUGGCCACAAUGCAUAUCACCCACGUUGCCUGGCCACAGUGGCUGAAGCAGUGGACUUCUCACGUCAACUGUUUCAGAAGCGUGACCACCCUUGAGGUUGUGCUGUGUGUGGGGCUCCUCCACGCCCACCCGCACCCUUCCCGUCAGUCUCUGAUGGUCCAGGACCCCCAAGAGAGCCAGGCGUCGGCGAGGUCCCCGGCCUCGGGAGGGAAGCCCCUUCCCACCCCCGCCCGCAGCCCGCGAGGAUCACGGCGGAGCUCAGCAAGCCAUGGCUGGCUGGGGAGGGCCCUCCGGAGUCGGGCCCGACGCCCCCUCCGGGCAGCUCAGGCGCCCAGCAGCCACCCGGUGGGCUGCGGAGUCCCGCGAGGGUCACGCAGCUCGCGGAGGACAAGCGCACAGCCCUCCCACUCCGGCCACUUUGGAAAAUCAGGACGCCUGCGCCCCGCCCCGCGCCCUCUCUCAGCCAAUGGGCGGUGUAGCUUUCUCAGGCCAACGAAUAGAGAGGGGCGGAAGCCACUGCCUUGCAAGCCCGUAGAGAGCGUACAGGAAGCCAGGGACGCAGUGUGCGAUGCGGCCAGCCAAUUGACGAGCAAAGAGGCAAGAUGGUGUUUCCUAUUGGCGGGUGUGGGGGCGCGGUCUGUGGUUGGCCGGUGA